GGGGUGCUUUACAUCACCUCACUCCCUGGCUGGACUGUCCCUAAUGGCCAGACAAUACUAGCACAUCCAGAAAGCCAGAGGAGAACUGAAAAGGAGACUGAAAGAAGAAUGAAUCAGUGAGACGUCAGAGAUCAAGACUCCAAGGUUUGGAUGAUAACAGGUCUUGCGCACCUCUCUGUCUUCAGAGUGUGUUGUCUUCUUACUCAUGUUGCUCUUUUGAUGCUUGGUCAUGACACUUAGGGCAUUUGGACAGCUGCCAGAAUUUACUGGAAAAAAAUCCUCCUCCCACCCCCUCUCUCCAAACACAUGGUUGCCUAACCAGUUUCAAAUGCCAUUUACAUGUCAGUGCUAUCCAGUCAAGGUGUUCUCCUUCUAUUGUUUUUCCAUUUGACACCUCAGACACAUUUUUAAUAAACCUGAAAAUGUCAAGAACAUAUUCAGUGCCAUUCAUCCGCAUAAUGCACAGGGUUUCAGUCUAGACAGAGACAACUAUUGUAUCACCCAUCCUCCUCUGUUUGUGUGUCAUCAAAGAUAUGAUCUUUGCAAUGGCUUUCAUUGGCCUAAACCAGACGCAGACAAGGUUUCUAUCCUGGUCACAUCUAAGAGAGUGUUCAUUUUCCCCUCUCCUUGCUGAAAAAAAAAACAAACUUCAGGGCACUGCAAUAAAAGUGUCAACCUCCUCAACUUAUUGAAAUUCUUUCCUUGCUUUCUUUCCCCCUUUGUCUAGAGAAGAUGCUGGCAGCUGACAGAGUGUAUUUGUUUACUGCAAUCAAUCUUGUAUGUGCAUGCCAAAGAUUUUUUCUUUUACUGUGCAGAUAAACAUAUUGUAGGUUUAUUUAAUUAAACUAAUAAAGUCAUGCUGCUCUGUGUUAAUGGAGACUCUUUUCUGCAUUUAAUAUGAUCGUUUUUUAGUUUGCCUUCCUAAUAAACCUGUUAUAUUUGAGUAAACUUUUGUUUACUCAUAUUAUAUCACAACAUAAUUAUCAGAAAAUUUUUAUUUUCUAUUUUAAUUCACUCAGGGUCUUUUUUUAGGGGUUAAUUGUCCCAGUUAUGGCUCAACUGUGAGAAAACAAUGGCCCCUGUACUUGAAUGAUGCAGUUUCCAUAUUUCAAUGGUGACAAGGGGGGCAGAGCUCUGGAAUCAUUGUUAUGAGACCCACAGGAUGUCCUGAGGAAGAAGUCAGUGCAAAGUUGUACGCUAGCAUUCAGGGCCAGGGAGGUGCUCGGCAGGGAGGCUCGCUCCACUGCGUCUCUUCUCUUUUGGUGUCUCCCAGAAGAGUCUCCCUGGAACAAGGGGUUGCCUCCCCGACCCAGAAUGCCAUGACCUUUCUGUGCUUCUUCAUAGGUUGGGAAUUCACAAUUACCCAGCCACCACUGACAUGGAUUGAUUUUGCGCUCAUGAAGAGAAAAUGGAAGCACAAAAGCUAGCGAGCAGCCUCGAAACUGGAACUGCUUAGAGCUUUGCUUUUUUCCCAGCAACUGAUUCAUAUUGUUGAGGUUUUCUGGUCCUGGUCUAGACUGUGAUGCCAGGUGACAGAGAGAAAAGGCGUUAACUUCAAGGAAGUGAACCCAGAAUACAAAAAAGCUAUAUUUGGCGAGAUACACUCAUCCAUCGACACUUUGGCUUUCACAUUUGGCAAUGUAGUUUCUGACUUCCUUAUGGGAGAUGUGGACAGCGGUUCAGGGUUGGGGAUCCCCCAGACCAGGAGAAGCAGGUCUUUUGACAACCUCUCUGUGGAUCCUGAGGAAUAUGUCUCAGAGAAAAGUGACCUUGUGGGCCCAGAGGUGUCAUUGUCACGGGAGGAAGAAGUUGACUUGACCCUGCUGAAGAAUGACAGUGGAGUGGAGUCCGCUCUACUCUACGCUAAGGCCUGGUCCAAGUAUAUCAAAGACCUUCUGGCCUGGAUGGAGAAAAGAAUUGCCAUGGAUAUUGAGUAUGCUAAAAGUUAUGCCAAAAUGGCUGAGUCUGCUAAGACACUGGCCAGUCAACAGGACUACAUGCCAUUCAGCGAAAUCUACGUUUCAACAUUCAAGAAUGACAUUGAAUACAACCAGCUGCUUAUUCAAACUGCAAUGGCCCUUCAAACCAAUAAAUUCAUACAGCCUCUUCUGGCUCGCAAGAAUGAACUGGACAAGCUGAGGAAAGACAUCAAGGAGCAGUGGCAGAGGGAGCAAAAGAAAAUGCAAGAGGCAGAUGCAACCUUGCGUAAGGCACGAGCACUCAAGUCCCAGAGGAGAGAAGAGUACCAGAAAGCACACUCUUCUACCAACCGCUCCCAGGAGGACCAGUCUAAUAAUUCCGGUAACAAACAGCUGGAGAAGAAAAGGAGGCUCGAGGAGGAGGCCCUGCAGAAGGCGGAGGAGGCCCAGGACCAGUACCAGAGCUGUAUGGCUGACGCAGGCGUCAGGAGGAUGGAUCUGGCCAACGCUAAGAGCACCAUCCUCACACAGAUCCGAGAGAUGGUGUUCCAGUGUGACCUCACACUCAAAGCUGUGACAGUGAAUUGGUUUCAGAUGCAGCAGGCACAGACUGUGUCAUUCCCUGCCCACUACCAGGCCCUGAGUGACAGUGCCAAGUUGUACGAACCGGGUGAAUGCUAUGCUGAGUUUGCCCGCAACCUACCCAAAAAUCUGCCUAAAGAGCGUCUGCACUCUGACUCCAUCUCAUCUGACAAUACCAGGUUUCUGUUCAACAAAAGGUCAGUGGGCAGCACUCACUCCUCCCAUGGCAACCUGUCGCAGGCAUCUAUCACCUCCUGUGACGUGCUGAGCGGAGAUGAAGUGGACAAUCCAUUACACCGGCCAGCAAAGAUCAGUGAGCAGAGGUCCAACAGCAGCACAGACAUACAAGCGCUAAGAAGCCAGAUCCCGCUGAGAGCCUGGGCCUCCAGCAGUCAGGGAAGCCAGGGCGGGAUGUGCAGUGACUCGGAGAGUGCUGGAGGCAGCAGCGAAUCGAGGUCCAUGGACUCCCCCACCGCCAGUCCUGGUGACUUCAAACGACGGCUACCCAGAACCCCCUCUACUGGAACGAUGUCCUCUGCUGAUGACUUAGAUGAGAGGGAGCCACCAUCACCCUCAGACAAUGGUCUGGCAGAGAUGGUGACAGAGACGGCCAGUUCUCCUGGUCCUUUCCGAAAUGCUCAGAUGUCCAAAGCUGCUCAAACCCAUAAGCUAAGAAAACUGCGAGCUCCGUCUAAGUGCAGGGAGUGUGACAGUCUGGUUGUUUUCCAUGGAGCUGAGUGUGAGGAGUGCUCCCUGGCCUGCCAUAAGAAGUGCCUAGAGACGCUUGCUAUCCAGUGUGGCCAUAAAAAGCUGCAAGGCAGACUACACCUGUUUGGUAUUGACUUUGCCCAAGCAGCAAAAAACAGCCCAGAUGGUAUCCCCUUUAUCAUCAAGAAGUGCACAUCUGAGAUUGAGAGUCGAGCCCUCAACAUCAAGGGGAUUUAUCGUGUUAAUGGUGCCAAAUCACGUGUUGAGAAGCUCUGUCAGGCAUUUGAAAAUGGGAAGGACUUGGUUGAGCUGUCUGAUCUCUCACCACACGACAUCAGCAACGUCCUCAAACUCUACCUGAGACAGUUACCAGAGCCAUUGAUCCUGUAUCGAUACUACAACGACAUCAUUGGCUUGUCAAAAGAGUGUCAGAGAGUGAUAGUGGAGGAGAAUGAUAAACCUCAGAGCACCCAGACAGGAGAGAAAGCCGGUCCGAGUGUGCAGCUCAACAGAGUCAUCUUCAAGAUCCGAGAUCUGCUGCGCCAGCUGCCCUCAGCCAACUACAGGACUCUGCGCUACCUUAUAGCACACUUGAACAAAGUGACAGAGCAGGCAGAAGAGAACAAGAUGACUGCGAGUAACCUGGGCAUUAUCUUUGGCCCCACACUGGUGAAGCCACGGCAGACAGAUGCAGAGGUGUCCCUGUCCUCCCUGGUGGACUACCCCUACCAGGCCCUGAUGGUGGAGCUGCUCGUGCGACACUUCAAAGCGGUCUUUGACGCAUCACUCCUGUCUGGCUCGGACAUGGCCCCCACUGGCCAAGGGUCUCCCAGACUCACCCCUCAAGAGAAAGUGCAGAGGCUCAGCAGACACUCCACCUCCCUGAUGGACAUCAAAGAGAGUGCCAAAGCCUACAAAAGAUAUUCAUCAGUGAUCCCAUCCUCACACAUCCUGGACGAGGUGCAGGAGGUCCAGCCAGGAAAAGACAGAACAGAGGUCUCAGCCCUGGAUAGACUCAAUGGGAUCCAGACAUCUAGUGGAGCAGAAGUCCAGAGGUCAACCCUAGUGUUUGGCCGUCCCAGCACCACCGUGGCCUCUACCACCAACGUGGCACCAAAAGUCCAGCUACGCACCCAGCGCACCAGACAGGCGUCUCGACCGAUCAGCAUGCCGCUGGAACGUCUGCCUGCCCCCGCUCAGCUCAGCGAGAGGAAUAAUCGUAACACUGCUGCUAAUGUUGACGUAACCUCCUCUGAGCGGGAUACCACCGCUGAAACUAUACAGGAGAUACCAGAGCCAGAAAAGGCACGCCAAAGUGGCUCAUCCAGAGUAAGCACCUACUACAUCACGCCAUUCAUUGACACACAGGCGAUGCAGAGGAGAACAUGGGACAGGAAGUACAAGCACUAUGAUGUUACACCCAGGACUGCUAUGAUCGUUGCCAACCUGCCGCCUGCCAGCUCUGGAGUGGCACCUAUAAAGGCAACAGUGCCUCUCAGUCAUAACCCAACUGUAACUACUGCCUCUGUGGCAUUGACCACAACUAGUGUGAGCACCAUAUUCUCCACCAGCCCUUACACAGCGUCAGCCAGGCCUGUCUGGACUACUAAAAGGGAAAAUGACACAAAUAAUUCAGUCAGUGAAUCUAGCAGCUCACCAAACCUUCCACUAACACUCAGGGCACCGAGGACUCUGCAGCCUCCUCCUGGAACUUUCUACAAGCCGCCUACUUCUAUUAACAGCAGAGCAAGGACGCUUCCUAACUGGACUACUACUGUCACCACCAUCACCACCACCACCACCACCACCUCCUCCUCACUUGCCCCCAUCACCUCUAGCCAGGUAGUCACCCCAUCCCCUGCCCCUACAAGCCCCCCACCGACACGGCUCCAGACGCAGGACUCCACUGACAGCGCCAUUGACCCUGGGGUCUCGACCUCAGCUAGCCUCUCACCCCCCCAGUCCCCACCCCCAAGUAGCCCUGACGACCUCAGCCCCAGCGAGACUAAACCCGUCUACCAAAGACUGCGACCUCGGCGGCUGCAGGAGCUUGAACACAGAGAAGCUCAUUUUGUCUGAUGCCAAAAAAAUAUAUUAUAUCUGUAAAUAUUAAUGUAUCUGUGCCAUUGUGUAUACUGGGGGAAACAUCAGCAAGCUGAGAUUGGGGAGAAAAAAAUGGGUCUGUGAAAUAAACCAUGAAAGUGUUUUAAGUACUAAUAUAUUCUAUUCUACAUGUUGAAGUCAUAGUUUCAACAGUGGUUGGUCUAAGCAUUCAAAACAAGCAAAUAGCAAAAAUGUGGCACAGACUUGAAUGUUUAGUGUCACAUUUUUAAAUAAAUAUAUGUGAAUCGUCUGUUUUUAUGUCAAAAAUGUCAUUGUCAUGUCAAGUUAUGUCAUUGCCAACCACAAAAUGGAUUUCUUUCUAUCAAUGUUUGAUUUGUUCCAAAAUUAUAUUUUAUUGUAAUCACACAAUGCACUUAAUACAGGUUCAAAUUGUAAUGUUGCCUUUAUUGUUAAAAUGUUGUAUUUUAUUCCACAAGGAAUGGAUGGAAGUAUUUUUAACAUGAGGUUCUUAAUUAUAAAGAAUUCAAUGUUUUAAAGUUUUGAAUUUUCCAUUGUAGCCUGUGAUUGGUACAUUUUUUCUCAGUAUGUAAACCUUAUGUAUCUGUUUACGAUUUUUAUAUUCAUUCAUACAUACUGCAUGUUUGUCACAGUAAUUUUGUCUCAUUGCAAUAUUGUGACUAUACAGAAGAAAAAUGACAUGACAACAGUUCUUGCUGCAAAUUAAAAAUGUAGUUUAAACUGUUA